AUGACAAGGAACCAUCCCAGCCUCCGCAAGGCAACUUCGAACGCUGACCUGUACGCGGAUCCGUCACCGCCCCGCCCGCUACGACACUCGCACUCGACAACACUUGGCCGCGCUCAUACGACUACGUCGCUACCGCAUCGACAACGGCUAGAUCGAACCGCGGAAAGAGGAUGGAGGAGUCAAGUCGUUUCCGACUAUCGUAACCGUCACAGCAUCGCCGCGACGUAUCCCAACCUCAUCGAUGUUGCCGACGAAGACUAUCCGGCGCCGUCGACAUACCAAAACCCGCCACCUGUACCACCCAAGAUACCAGAGGUCCCAGUUGAACAAGUCGAGAAGGAGAUCGAGAUGCCGAAGCCGAUGCCUUCCCAUUGCUGGAUUCCUGUUCCCGCUCGAUCGAAGGAGGAUCCGGCACGCUACACGAAGCCCUUCACCGACUACAUGACGCGUAACCCUACCAUCUUCCACGCCGUCGACGCUGUCGCCCAGGAUCUUGAGAAAGACGGAUACAAGAAACUGUCAGAGCGCGAUUCGUGGGAGCUGAAGGCUGGAGGCAAAUACUAUGUCGAGCGAAACGGAAGUUCGCUCAUCGCCUUUGCUAUCGGUGACAACUACGCGUCCGGAAACGGAGCUGCCAUUCUGGCUGGACAUAUCGACGCCCUUACAGCGAAGCUGAAGCCCAUAUCCAAGCUCCGCAACAAGUCGGGCUAUGUACAGCUUGGUGUCGCGCCUUAUGCCGGUGCAUUGAGCGACACCUGGUGGGACCGCGAUCUUGGUAUUGGCGGAAGAGUGCUCGUCAAGGAAAACGGGAAGAUUGUCACCAAGCUUGUCAAGCUUGACUGGCCGAUCGCAAGGAUUCCGACGCUGGCUCCCCACUUUGGUGCUGCCGCGAAUGGCCCCUUCAACAAGGAAACGCAGAUGGUGCCUAUCAUGGGUCUGGAUAACAGCGAUAUGGGCAGUUCAUCAAACAACGAGGAGGGAGACUCGAAAGCCAGUGUACUGGGUGGAGAGGGCGCCUUUACGGCUACCCAGCCUGAGAGGCUUGUAAAGGUCAUCUCGAGCGAACUCGGCAUCACUGACUAUUCAUCCAUCGUUAACUGGGAGCUCGAGCUCUUCGACACACAGCCCGCACAAACCGGUGGGCUCGACCGCGAGUUCAUCUUCGCCGGUCGAAUCGAUGAUAAGCUCUGCUCUUGGGCUGCGAUCCAAGCUCUCCUCAACUCCAGCGCAUCCCUCUCUACUUCCUCCCAGAUCCGCAUGGUCGCCGUCUUCGACGACGAAGAAGUCGGGUCGCUACUCCGACAAGGUGCUCACGGCAACUUCCUUCCUAGCGUCAUGGAGCGCAUCGUUGAGGAAUUCGCUUCCAACGGAAAGACAAGCAGCGCCUUGAGCAGGACAUAUGCAAACUCUUUCCUCGUCUCCAGCGAUGUGAUUCACGCUGUGAACCCCAACUUCCUCAACGCGUACCUUGAAAACCACUCUCCGCGUCUCAAUGUCGGUCCCGCUAUCUCUGCGGAUUCAAACGCACACAUGACGACUGAUGCUGUGUCUACUGCUAUCCUGCAACGCUGCGUAGACCGCGAUAUCGGCGUGCGCAAGGCCGAUCCCAAACUCCAGGUCUUCCAGAUUCGAAACGAUAGCAGGAGUGGAGGCACAGUAGGUCCGAUGCUGAGCUCUGCGACGGGUAUCAGGGCAGUAGACUGCGGAAUUCCGCAGUUGAGUAUGCAUUCCAUCAGGGCGACGACGGGAAGUUUGGAUCCUGGCCUGGGUGUGUUUACUUUCCAGAGUUUCUUAGAGAACUUCGAGUCUGUCGAUAAGGAGUUUAGGGAAUAG